UUAACAAACCAGACCAGUGCGAAGUUGGCCCUAGUGCACUGCUAAUCCUAACGCUGUCAGUUUCCUGCUCUUUUUUCAACAACACAUGAACAAGACCCACGCUGUCAUUCACUGGAUUGGACACAUACCGUAAUAGCUCCUCCUCCUCACACCUCUGUAUGGACAAAAGCUUUGUUCCUGUGGAUGUCAGACCUGUUACAUUAACGGUGCUUCAGACUCGCAGGAACUUUAUUUUAGGAACUGACAGAGUAAAAGCAUGGUAUUUCUUUCCCAACUGAGCUCAACAGCUCACUGGAGCACACACUCCUCCUACCUGGCAUGUUUAGUCAUGGUGAGCUUCUACUCUGGAGCAGUUUCACCCCUCCACCCUCCUCAAAUAGCGCCAGAUCUGCGCUCUGCUUUCUCUGCCACUCGAACAAGCAGUGUGGUGGGAGGAAAGCACAAAGUGGUGACUUUCAACAAGCUCUCAGUCAACGUCGGAGGGGACUUCAACCCAGACAGCGGUCACUUCCGCUGUCGCAUCCCUGGAGCUUACUAUUUCUCCUUUACCGUGGGAAAAUUUCCCCAAAAACUGCUCUCUGUCAUUCUGGUGAAGAAUGCAGAGGAAGUGCAGGCCAUAGCUUACGACGAUUACCGCAAGGCAGGGAGAAAGGUUCAAAGCCAAAGCGUGAUGAUCAGUUUGAAGGAGAUGGACACUGUGUGGCUGCGUUUGCAGCAGGACCCCAAGUAUGCGUUGUACAGUAACGUUGGCCCCUACAUCACCUUCUCUGGCUACCUCGUCUACCCUGACGUCCAGCCGGCCAGCUACAUCAGCAACUACCUCGCUGCACCAGUACAGUCCCACUCAAACUGCCCACCGCAGGCCGACUCCAGGAGCAGACAACAGGCCAUGGAUCCACCACAGUCCGCCUUCUCAGUGGCGCGGACAUCCACGCUCAUAGGUCAGAACAGCCGACAUCAUGACAAGCCUCCUCUGACCUUUGAUGUGGAUUACGUCAACAUAGGUGGCCAUUUCAACAAAAGCUCUGGGUUGUUCACAUGUCACUUCCCUGGGGUAUACUACUUUGCCUUCACGGUGGGAAAACACCCUCGCAAAGCUCUUUCGGUGAAGCUGAUGACCGGUAACGGAGAGGUGCAGGCGAUGGUGUUCGACGAGGACACGUCAAAGAGACGGGAGAUGCAGAGUCAGAGCUUGCUGCUGUCGCUCCGGAGGGCUGACAAAGUGUGGCUGUACAGUCAGCAAGAUGACCGUUACGCCGUUUACAGCAACCAGGGGAGGUACACCACGUUUUCUGGCUUCCUGGUUUAUCCCGGUGCACAAACAAUGUCCAGCAACCAGGCCAGAACUUACCCAUGAACGCCUUUAUCUCUGAUGGUGUCUGUUUGAAAACAGCUGGUUUUGUAGUCAAAAUGUAAUGUAAACACGGAUGGAUCAGAUGACGUUUCAGAUCUAUAGUUGGUGUAGUCGUGUAAGGGCUUUUGGUGCUUUGUUUGCUUUGUAAAUGGUGUCAUGUCAGGGGUCAUGUUUGAUGCCUGAUCAUUCCACAAGAUGGUGCUCUAACACAAUUAUGGAUAUUAACCAGCAGACAAGAUGGUUUGUGAUGUUAAAGUCAAAUUAUGCAAGACAUCACAAAAAGAGCAUAUAUGUUUAGUAAUGUGCUUCGCUUUUACACAUAGAUUUAUUCUGGAAAUGUCUUUGUAUUUAGAUGUUUUUUGUCCUGUUUCGUUUAUGAAAACAAGAUUUUCUACAUGUAAAGGUUAUGUACAGACUUAAAAUGUAUUUAGUAUAAGAAGUACAACGUAUAUACAUAUUCUGAUCCUGUGAUGUUUGGAGCAUUCUGAUCAUAAGCUGAUCUCUUUUUUACAUUUUGUGUCUAAUUUGUGUAACACUAAAUAAAUUCAUUGAGA